CUGGCCGCUGUGUGCACCACCCUGGGCGAGUUGCCGUACAUCCGCUAUGCGCGCUCGCCCGUGGCCACCACCCUGGCCGCCGCCACACAGGACGCGCUCGACGACCUCAGCGCCGACGACAAGGCCCUCCUCAAGCGGGGCGACAACCGGCCCACGCUUCUCAUCCUGGACCGCACCAUCGACACCGUGGCCCCGGUGCUCCACGAGUUCACCUACCAAGCGAUGAUCUACGACCUGUGCGAGGUGGACAAGGAGUGCACGUACAAGUACAAGUACAACAACGGCGGCAAGGACAUCACCAAGGAGGUCCUCCUCGACGAGUACGACUUCCUCUGGCCCAAGCUGCGCCACAUGCACAUCGCCGACUGCAUCAACAAGGUGAUCGACGACUUCAACGCGUUCCUGAAGACGAACAAGGCGGUGAACCUCAAGUCGGCGUCGUCCAAGAAGGGCGUGGCUUCGCUUCGGGAGAUGACGGCGGCCAUGAAGGAGCUGCCCCAGUUCCAGGACACCUUCGCCAAGUACUCGCUGCACAUCCGACUCGCGGGUGAGUGCAUGGAGAAGUACCGCGGCCAGGAGCUCGAGCGGCUGGCCAUGGUCGAGCAGGACCUGGCCACCGGCGUCACGGCCGAAGGGGGCAAGGUCAAGAAGGACAAGGUGCUCGCCGCCCUCGAGGAGAUCCUCACCGACAACUCCGUCCCCUCCGCCAACAAGACGCGCCUCCUCAUGAUCCACCUCACCACCGAGGGCGCCCAGCCCUCCGACCGAGCUUUCGCGAGGCUGCUGGACAAGGCCAACCUGGGCCGCCAGGAGAGGCAGCUGGUGGAGAACCUGGCCGCCCUGCGCAGCACCCUCGACGAGAUGGGCGAGUCGGAGGUCCAGCAGUGGGAGAAGAAGAGCAGCAAGAGCGGCAAGAAGAAGUCCGAGGAGGUCCCCUACGCCGUCUCCCGCUACGUGCCCGUCGUCAAGCGUCUCGUCGAGAGCAUGCUCGAGGACCAGUUGCCGACGUCGGAGUUCCCGUACUACGGCGACGAGCCCCGAGGAGGUGCGGCCAAGGACACCAGGAAGAAGGCCACUUCGCUCAAGACCCAGACCAGGGUGCGGUCGACCAAGGGCAAGGACAGGAUCGACGGUGACGCGGAGGACCUGGGCCCCAGGGUCAUCGUGUUCGUCGCUGGUGGUAUCACCCACUCUGAAAUCCGUUCCGCCUACCAGCUCUUCGACAAGAGGGAGGUGAUCAUCGGAGGCACGUCCAUCCUGACCCCACACAAGUUCACCUCGCGCCUGGCAUCCGUCUCGGGCGGCGACCGCCGCGGCAACGCGGACGACAUCGAGGUGGGCGACGCCAGCUCCUCCGAUGAGUCGAGCGACUAG